GUUGCAAGCUAGACAAACAAGAAAGAAGUUUAGGCCCGCCUCGACGCGUCCUAACCUGCCCCACUUUCUGAAGACGCGUUGUACGCUGGUCUAGGAAAUAUCAACUGCAUCUCAUCGACACGAGAUCAUGCUGCAGUUGAUGACAAAGAUCGUCAGUUUCCAAACACAGUGCCAUCUUACAGUUGGCUUCGUCAGCAAACAAAGUUCAAUUACAGAAUGCCCGCGGAAACUCAAGCUAGACAUGCGAACGCAACGCGAUUGGAGCGUUGGUGUCUGCGCCUGUUUAGUAACACAGCUAUCCCUUCCUGAAUAGUAUAUUGCUUCGGCAGGAGCGGUUAUCACACACUGGCUGGUAAAUUGGACGAAUGACAACAAACCAACAGAAACGAAGAACGAGGGUUACAUCAUCAAUCAUCAUAGUACCUACCAAGGUAGGUAGAUCUAGGUAGUGUAAAGGUGGUAGGUACCUACCUAGGUAAGGUACCUAGUUGGAGUUUGUUAUUAGCUAUUUUGUGCAAUAUACCGGACAGCCCGGAUGAGAGGAUAUUCUUCACUCGGACAAACAAUUGAAGCUCAUGUUUACCAUCAAAAGGUCGCUUCCAAUCGACAGGCAACGGAUCGGGGAUUGCUUCCCAUUGAUCCCUAGCGUUGGCAAAAGAUCAAAACUCAUCAUCUUAUCGAGGCUUCAUCGGCAAUUUUCACAAUGAUUCGCAUACAUUUCAUUGCUCUAUUCACCUCCUUGGCUUUCUGCAACGUUCUUGCGCCGAAUACCCUGCAAAGGCCUUUGCAGUCUUACCACGACCAAGUAUUGUCAUCCCCCGACAGCGACAAUGUACACGAGGCGCUCCUUCAGUCCAAGAUCAUUCCUGAAGUCAUUGAUGACUUCGAACCUGCGUUUCUGUUCACUGCCCAGUGGCCUGGCGGAGAUGAGCAUCAAGCAAAUCUUGGAAACGACGUUCAGCCUGGUGAUUGGAUAUCAACGCCACCAUACAUAACGCUCGCCCCAGUUGCCCACGCAGAAAAACGUUGUGGUCCGAACUCCAAUCUGGCCAACCUGACUUAUGUGGUUGCAUUAACGGACCCGGAUGCCCCAUCACGCGACGACCCUGAAAAGUCGGAGUUCUGUCAUUGGGUUGUGACAGGGCAUCCUGAAAUCAAACCUAGAAUGCAUGGGUCUGACUGUCAUACUUUGUCGAUUGGUGACUUGAAAGAGGUGGUUUCGUACCGGCCUCCUUCGCCCCCUGAAAAGACGGGCCCGCACCGCUAUGUCUUCAUAGUGUUUGCACAUAUUCCUCCAACCACUGGCCCUCUCGACCUCAAGAAGCCAAAGAGAGAUUGGGGCAGCAAAGGUGGUGCCAAAGAAUGGGCCAGAGAAAAUUCACUCGUCCCUGUCGGGUCCAACUUCCUCUACGCUCACGAUCCGGAUCAGUGAAAGUUAAUCUUGCAUUUUAGUGGGGAUAUUUGAAUGCAG